UACCCCCAACAGCAUCCAUCAUGUCCGGAUCAGCUCAGAAGGCCGCUACCCAGUCUGUUGUCCAGCAGUUUACCAGCUGGGUCCGCUCCCCAGACUUCAAGUCAUACCUUUUCUCUACCCAUUUCUGGGGACCCGUCUCAAAUUUCGGUAUCCCGCUGGCCGCAAUCGCCGAUCUGAAGAAGGACCCUGAGAUUAUUUCUGGGCCUAUGACUGGUGCUUUGAUCGUCUACUCUGCGACUUUCAUGAGAUACGCAUGGAUGGUCCAACCCCGAAACUACCUCCUCCUCGGCUGCCACAUCGUCAACGAAUCCGCACAAAUCACCCAAGGCUACAGAUGGCUCGACUACUGGAAGUUCGGCGGUCGUGAGAAGGCUCUCGCCUUGAAGCCCGUCGAUGCCGCGAAGGGUGCGAUCCAGGAUGUGAAGGAGGCUGCGGAGAAGGUUAAGAAGAAUCUUUAA